UCCUGAAUUACAGAAUGCUUUGGGCUGGAAGGAACCUUAAAGAUGACCUAUUUCCACCCCCGUGCCACGGGCAGGGCCACCUUCCACCAGCCCAGGCUGCUCCAAGCCCCAUCCAGCCUGGCCUUGAACACUGCCAGGGAUGGGGCAGCCACAGCUGCUCUGGGCAACUUGUUCCAGUGCCUUCACAGUAAAGAAUUCCUCCCUAAUAUCUAUAUCUAAAUCUACCCUCUGUCAGUUUAAAGCCAUUGCCCCUUGUCCUAUCCCUACACGUCCUUGUAAAAAGCCCCCUCCAGCUUCCUUGCCGCCCCUUCAGGCCCUGGCAGGCUGCCGUAAGGUCUCCCCGGAGCCGUCUCAUCCCCAGGCUGAACAACCUCAACACUUUCAGCCUGUCUCGUUUCAAUGCGCAAUGGAUCACCUUGCCUGGAUAGCUGUAUCUACAAGGAGUUUCUGGUCACAGGACUAUCAGAGAUCACAUCUCUUGGGACAGCUGCUUGGACCAGCAGCAGAUACCAAUUAAUCAUGGCAAGCAGGAUUUUCAGACCCCGAUUUAGCCAAGUGCUUCAGUACAUGCUUAUUUUUAAACCUAACCCUGUCGUUGUCUGAACUCAUCGUGCUUCAAUUCCACUGACGUCCACAGACUUGGGUGAGCGCUCAGAAUUUAAGCGGAUGCCGAAACGCUUUGCUCACCAACAGCUGUGAAGCUUGGAGGACCUCCUCCAGGGAGAGCGGGGCUCAGGGCAAGGUCACUCAAACUCCAAACUGAGCGAACAUGAGCGCGCUUGAUUUUACUUCCAUCCUUGAUUUUCUGGAGACAGCCAACUUGACAGAGAUCAACUGGACGUGCAACAACGGUGACUGCAUCACAGUUGAUGCGACAACAUGCCCUGGCACGCUCAACAAAAGCGCCCUGCUAUACACCCUGUCCUUCUUCUACAUUUUCAUCUUUGUCAUAGGGCUGGUGGCCAACUCGGUUGUAGUGUGGGUCAACCUCCAAGCCAAAAUGACUGGCUAUGAAACCCACCUCUACAUCUUCAAUUUGGCUAUCGCUGAUCUGUGCGUUGUCAUCACCCUUCCAGUGUGGGUCGUCUCCCUUGUCCAGCAUAACCAGUGGCACAUGGGAGAAAUCACGUGCAAGAUAACUCACCUUAUAUUUUCCAUCAACUUGUACAGCAGCAUCUUCUUCCUGGCUUGCAUGAGUGUGGACCGCUACCUCUCAGUUGCCUAUUUCACCAAUUCCAGCAAUCGCAAGAAGAAGAUAAUACGUCGCUGCAUCUGCAUCUUAGUGUGGCUGCUUGCCUUCUCCGCGUCUCUCCCAGACACCUAUUAUCUCAAGACUGUUUCUUCCAACAAUGAAACCUAUUGCCGUCCUGUCUAUCCAGAGGAGAGCUUCAAAGAGUGGUUGAUUGGCAUGGAGCUCAUCUCUGUCGUGCUGGGCUUUCUUAUCCCUUUUCCCAUCAUUGCUCUCUUUUAUUUCCUUCUUGCGAAGACCAUCUCCACCUCCAGUGACCAAGAGAGGAAGAGCAAUGGGAAGAUCAUUUUCUCCUACGUUGUUGUGUUUCUCGUCUGCUGGCUACCCUACCAUGUCGCUGUCCUGCUUGACAUCUUCUACAGCCUUCAUUUCAUACCUUUCAGUUGUCAGAUGGAGAACUUCUUGUACGCCACUCUGCACAUCACUCAGUGUUUCUCUCUGGUCCAUUGUUGCGUCAACCCCAUCCUGUACAGCUUCAUUAACCGCAACUACAGAUACGAGCUCAUGAAAGCCUUUAUUUUCAAGUACUCUGCCAAAACCGGUCUCACUAAACUUAUCGAUGCUUCCAGAGUGUCGGAAGCAGAAUACUCUGCUCUGGAGCAAAAUGCCAAAUGACUGCAACUCUGUAAAGAAACCUCCUUGACUCUCCGACCUUUGUUUUUUGUGUGUUGUUUCAUUUUUUGUUUUUAGUUUGUUUUGGUUUUGUUUUUUUACCAUCUCCCCUUCCCCCUACCCUUUCCCAGUGCUUUUUAUGAACGGGGCAUGAAUUCCAGCCUACAAAAGAGAAAUAGCAAACUGUAAUUUAAGAGUAGAAUCAGGUGCAGAAUGGAUGUGGUACCAAAAUUAAGCCUUUUCUCCUCCUAGCCCAAUCUGGACUUCUUGACAAUGCUAUGCAAAUGGAAAUUACUUUCUAGCAGACAAAGCCAUUGUGUACCAUAGAUAAGAUGCAUUUGCAGGAUAAGCUUUUUCUUCCACGUGUAGAAUCCCUCUUGUCUCUGUAUAUAUGUUAUAAAUAUAGUGUGUUGUAUUUAAAAGCUCGAGACUUUAUUUUCUGGCUCUUGGUGUACCUUAUACAAUUGUAUUUGAAAGUGAAAUAUAUUUUUAUCAUGUAUUUGAAGUAUAUUGCUGAUGAGUGUAUCCAGAGUGCUGUAGUCUGAGUGUUAGAUUGCCGUUUGGUUUCAACUGUCAUAGGUGAGAGGGUGCCGAUAAAUAGCAGAAUGAAAAUGAUCUCCUAGGUGCAUCCUCCCUGGCUGGCACGCUUUUUUUGGACCGUAGCUUUAUGUGGUGGUCAUACCCACAUGUCUGGAGCAUGAAAUGUAUGUAGUGUAAUAUAGAUACCAUCAUGUUAAAAUUAACAGUGUUGUAAGAGUUGUUAACUCCUACGCCCAUACUUCACAAAGCUGUAUCCUUAUGCACAGAAUGAAUGAUCUUACUUCUGAGAGUUGUCUCUAUUUGUAAGUUAUUUUUGUAAAAUAAAGACCUGGGGAAAAAAU